AUGAUGAUGACAACGGCAACGACCGCGGUGCCGGGCGGAGCUGCAACGGGGGGCGGUCCUGCUCACGUGGUGCAAUCAGGAGGCAGGUUCGAUUUCGAUGACGGUGGCACUUACAUCGGCGGCUGGGAAGAUGGCAAGGCCCACGGCUUCGGUAUCUGUACCGGACCCAAGGGCCAGGGCCAGUACUCGGGCAGCUGGAACUACGGGUUUGAGGUUUGCGGGGUGUACGUUUGGCCGAGCGGAUCAUGCUACGAAGGCUCGUGGCAAAACGGGAAACGCCACGGUCUCGGAGCAGAAACGCAAGGUAAAUGGAUCUACCGAGGCGAGUGGACACAAGGAUGCAAAGGCCGUUACGGAGUCCGACAAUCGUUAACAUCGGGUGCGAAGUACGAAGGUACUUGGGCCAAUGGACUUCAGGAUGGCUACGGAUCCGAAACUUAUGCCGACGGAGGAACAUAUCAAGGGCAAUGGUUGCGUGGCUAUCGACACGGAUACGGCGUCAGGUCGUCAGCACCUUUCGGUCUCGCGGUGCACGGACGAGGACCCAGUCACCAUACGCAAGUGAAUUUGGGGUCAUCGGUGAGCUCCCUGCAACAAGCGGUGGGGUCCAGCGACGACCCGGCAACCGGGAGAGACCGAAAAAUGAACGACUGUCGAGGAGGCUUCGUGUUGAAGUCGCGAUCGGACGACAUGCCUUCACAUCAGAGACGAAGAUCUCUCGUCGAAAGAUCCGCCGACGUCAAACGCUCGAUCAUGCAAGGUUUCCGCAUCAAAAAGCAAUAUAGCACUGGGGAUAUCGACAAGCGGGGCAUCUCUUCGCUGCGAGGAUCCCGCUCUAACUUGAGCUCUGCGUCAUCGGAGUCGGGUCACUCAGCGUUCACAUACUCGCACAGCGCGGGCGGCCAAGGCCACCACACAGAUUCGAACGCCUCUUUUGUUUCCCAAGACGAAGAUAUAACCGAUUCCAACGUCAUCGAGACCUAUAUGGGCGAAUGGAAGAACGACAAACGAUCCGGUUACGGUAUCGCGGAGCGGUCUGACGGGCUGAAGUACGAGGGUGAAUGGUACAACAACAAAAAGUACGGUUACGGAGUCACGACGUUCAAAGACGGCAGCAGAGAAGAGGGAAAAUACAAGAACAAUGUGCUCGUCACAUCGGGAAAGAAGAAACAUCUCUUCCUACUGAGGAGUGCGAAGUUCAGAGAACGCAUCGAACAAGCCGUGAACGCGGCUAUUCGGGCGUCUCAAAUCGCACUUCAAAAGGCCGAUAUCGCCAUUUCCAGAACGGCCACGGCUCGUGACCGCGCGGAGCAAGGUGACAUCGCGUCGCUUGAGGCUCGGAAAAAUGCGGAUUUGGCGAAAAGUGUUGCCGUGCAAUUCGCCCCUGAGCUGUUCAACAGUUCAACUCUCUCGCCCUGGACGAGCUCCACGACACCGAAUACCGCCGGUCCUCCGAAUCAGCAUCUAAGUCCGGUGGGAGCGGAAAACGCCAUCGUGGCCGCUGGCGCGUUCGGUGCCGCGACGAUAGGCGUACCCUCAUCACACCUCAACACCUCGAUAGCUCAACACCAACAAAUCGGGGAACUGUCCAACCAUCUCGAGCUGGCAGUUCCCACACGGGCGUAUCCUCCUGGCUUGAAUCCGGCGGUGGGCUCGACCUCUGCGGGUCCGCAAAUGGUCGGAGCGGCCAGUCUGGGAGCGCAAACGAGUCUCCAGCAUCCCCAUCAGCUACAGGGUGCGGCGGCGGCGGACUCCAUGAGGACGCUCAAUCAGUUGCCUCAAGCUCUGCAGAAUCCUGGUACUCCUCUGUCACCACCGAGGAGGCCGUCACUGUACGGAGCAACUCACUCAAGCCAGCAAAUUCCUCAACACCAACUGGCGUCACACCCGUCUCUAGCCCAACAAGCGACAAUACCACCCCAACAGCUAACACAAUCUCAACCACAGCAACCAUUCCUCCCGAGUCAGAUGCAACAAUUGGAGGAUCGGUUGACGUCGACGAGCCAGCCGUCGGGAGCCCAGUCGAUGAGCCUCCAAGCCUCCCAGACUCCCAAUCUCCACCAACGAGCUCAACAACCCUACCUCAUAGAUAACUCUCUCCAUUUAUCCGGAAUGGUAUCGCAGAAUUUUCUUGCCUCGGAUUCCCAGAUGAAUGCCGAUCGGCGAGGACGCAGUCAAACCCGCGGCGGGGCCAGAGGCGUCGAGCCCGGAGCUGCUCUGAACGACCAUUUCGACCAUUACCGUCGACCGGAGAGUCGACCUCCGUCCAGAUCUCUAUCAAGACACGUGUUCCGUAGGCAAUCUUCGACGACGAAGGAGCCCCAAGAGACGCUGAGUUCAAUCUACGGAGUCAGGGGAGCUGAUGAAUCCGCUGCCGACGCCCUAUCGCAGAGACUCGGCGAACGUUUUCAGCAACAACCGAGCACGAGCGAAGAGCCUUCGGGUCUGGGCAGGACGGCGUCGUUGUAUAUUGGAGGCGGGGGAGCGGGAGGACCUCGGAAGCGACCUACUGCCGUCGUAGAAGCGGCUUCGGGAACGAGCCUUUCCCGUAAAAAAUCUUUACCUGACAUUGCGGGCAAGCAGGCAGUGAAAGAGCCCCUCAUGUCACGCGAAGAAGUCUCGGUGCUCAGCCACAAUCGGCGCGUGGAAGUGCGGAGGAUGCAGGAGAUGGCCGAAAUGUACCGAGCCAACCCAUUUCUCUACUUCACCAAUCCGGAGGUCAAGGAUUGGUUUUCCCGUCAGCAGUUUGUGAUGUUAGUUAUUUUUAUUAAUUUAUCGUUGGCCAUCGCCUUCUUCCAACUGCUCACGUGA